AUGGUAGUUCAAACAACGCCAAAAAAUGACAAAAAAACGAUGCCAUUCAAGUCCCCGCAAUCGUCAAAUAAGAAGAAGUUGAAACAGGCCUCAUUACUUUCAUUCUUCAAUAGGAACAAAGCAGCGGCCAGCAGCCCUGCCCGGAAUGCGGGCCAUCAAUCUUUAUUUGUAGAUAAUGACGAUAACACUGACAUGGAUUCCGGAUUCGUCACUGCCAUGGAGGAUACGGCAAACCACUCGAUCACGCCCCUAACGGACACGAGCGUCACAGAGGGAACCGAAGAGCCCACAACUUUCCUUGCUCAGAGUGAAGAAAAGACCAACAAAGCCAUUGUCAGUGGCGAGAUAGAAUCAGAAAAUACUGGAGUUCCAACGAUUGAGAAAGAUGAGAAAUCUGACAAAAACGCAAUCUCCAAUGAACCGUCAGAGAGGGACGGCAGUCCCGAUCGUCCCACAAAAAGACACAUAAGCUAUGCUGAAUCUAGCGACGAGGAAGAUGGUGAAGUAAAGGGCUUGAAAACUAGCAAGAAGAAAAGGAGACAGUUGUCGAGUGAUGAUGAAGAAGAAGAGUAUGUCCCGCAAGAUCAGCCAAGCGGCAGUGAACAAGAAGGCGAUGAAGACGACGAUGUAGAUUCAAACGCGUCUGAGGCCAAGAAUGAGUUAAACGCCACUAAUGUCUCAGAGGAUGACGACGACGAUGAUGAUAUACUCAAAUUAUCAAAUGUUAAACCAAGGCCGUCAGUAAAAGAUAAAGCGAAGCCAACGCAAAGCCCCAUAUCACGGCAACAACCUCUGCGAAGACCUAGUCCAAAAAUGAGUAGCCCAAAUAAAGGUAAACAUUCUAGCUUCACCAAGGAAAAUGAAGAGCGCUAUCAAUGGCUUGUUGACGAACGUGAUGCCCAAGGAAGAGCCUGUGAUGAUCCAGAUUAUGAUCCAAGAACUCUUUAUAUUCCUUCGUCUGCAUGGUCUAAAUUUACGCCCUUCGAGAAGCAAUAUUGGGAAAUAAAGUCCAGAAUGUGGGACUGCAUAGUGUUCUUCAAGAAAGGCAAGUUCUUUGAGAUGUACGAAAAAGACGCCAUGUUGGGGAAUCACUUGUUUGACCUUAAAAUUGCCGGCGGUGGCCGCGCCAAUAUGCGAUUAGCAGGCGUACCUGAAAUGUCCUUUGACUAUUGGGCAAUGCAAUUUAUACAAAAUGGCUACAAAGUUGCUAAAGUCGACCAACGGGAAUCAAUGCUUGCCAAGGAAAUGAGGGAUGGAAAUAAAGGAAUCGUUAAGCGUGAGUUACAAAGUGUUCUUACUUCAGGAACUUUAACUGACUCGGGAAUGCUACAAUCUGAUCAAGCAACGUUUUGUUUGGCCAUCAGGGAAGAACCGUUGAAUUUUUAUGACGUCGAUAAUGGCAUAGAAAGCUCACAAAGCGAAGGUAAAAUAUUCGGUGUUGCUUUCAUUGACACGGCAACCGGUGAAAUAGAACUGCUUGAAUUUGAAGAUGACAAUGAAUGCACGAAAUUGGAUACAGUUUUGUCUCAAGUGAGACCCAAAGAGGUCAUUAUGGAGAAAAACAACCUCUCUAGUUUGGCUACUAAAACUGUUAAAUACAAUGCUCAACCUCAGGCCAUCUUGAAUAACCUCAAAUCGAAGGACGAAUUUUAUGACUUUAAUCGAACUUUUGACGAAUUAACAUCUACAGAUUCUCCAUAUUUUCCAGAUAUGGACCACUGGCCUGAGGUAUUAACGAAAUACUAUGAGCAAGGAAAGAAAGUUGGGUUUUCCGCGUUUGGAGGCUUACUUUCAUAUUUGAAGUGGCUCAAAUUAGAUCAGUCACUAAUUUCAAUGAGGAAUAUAAAGGAAUACAAUCCUAUCAGAUCGCAAACCUCUUUGGUUUUAGAUGGUGUGACAUUGCAGAAUUUAGAAAUAUUUGGCAACUCUUUCGACAACUCCGAUAAAGGGACCUUAUUCAAAGUUAUAAACCGCGCCAUUACGCCUAUGGGCAAAAGAAUGCUAAAAAAAUGGGUAAUACAUCCAUUGCUGCAAAAGUAUGAUAUCGACCAGCGAUUUGACAGCGUCGAUCUUCUGCUAAAUAACAUCGACCUUAGAGAGAUCUUAGAGGGAUCUUUGAGCUCUUUGCCGGACCUUGAACGCCUGUUGGCACGCAUACACUCUGGAAAUUUGAGGAUCAAAGAUUUUAACAAAGUAAUUGAAGGAUUUGAAGUCAUUGUUACGCUCAAAGAAAAAAUUAUGGAGCAUAACUUAGCAGGAACAUUGAUUGACUUUGUGAACAAAAUUCCGGACACUUUGAGCAAUUGCGUCAGCAGCUGGUGCAACGCCUUUGACAGAAGAAAAGCCGAGGAGGAAGGCGUCAUAAUUCCCCAACAUGGCGUGGAUAUAGACUUUGACCAAUCUCUUCAAAAGAUAGAAAGCGUGGAAAAUGAAUUGACAAACCACCUACGAUCAUACAAAAAGACGUUUAAAACGCAAAACAUACAGUAUAAGGACUCUGGAAAAGAAAUUUUUACAAUAGAGGUCCCGACCUCAGCAAGCAGCUUAAUUCCAUCGGACUGGAUUCAGAUGGGCGCUAACAAGUCUAGCAAGAGAUACUAUUCUCCCGAAGUUUCGAAAUUGGCACGUUCUAUGGCAGAAGCUCGCGAGCUGCACAAAGUUUUAGAAGAAAGUGUGAAAAGCAGGCUUUACCAAAAAUUUGAUACCAACUACCAAGAUAUAUGGAUGCCAACUAUAAGCGCUAUCUCAGAAAUGGAUUGCAUUCUUUCUUUGGCGAGAACGUCCGAAUCGCUAGGAUAUCCAUGUUGCAGGCCCAAGUUUGUCGAUGAAACUGAUCCUACAACGGGCAAUAAACUCAACGGAUUUGUUGACUUUAAAGACCUGAGACACCCCUGUUUCAAUCUUGGUACCAGCACUACAAAGGAUUUCAUACCAAAUGACGUGUCGUUGGGUGGCGGUAGCCACCAAGUUGGUCUGUUGACAGGUGCAAAUGCGGCUGGUAAAUCUACUGUUUUGAGAAUGACCUGCAUUGCUGUAAUCAUGGCUCAAAUCGGCUGCUACGUGCCUGCCGAAAGUGCAGCUCUUUCUCCUAUAGACAGAAUUAUGACCAGGCUUGGCGCUAACGACAAUAUCAUGCAAGGCAAAUCAACGUUUUUUGUCGAGCUUUCUGAAACUAAGAAAAUACUAGACGCCUCAACCAACAGGUCGCUUCUAAUUUUAGAUGAGUUGGGAAGAGGCGGUUCCUCUAGCGAUGGUUUCGCAAUAGCAGAAAGUGUUCUUCAUCAUGUUGCGACCCACAUCCAAAGUUUGGGAUUUUUCGCAACGCACUACGGUGGGUUAGGUCUUGGAUUCAAACAUCAUCCCAAGGUCGUCCCUCUCAAAAUGGAGAUUUUAGUUGAUGAAAGCUCUCGUGAAAUUACUUUUCUAUACAAACUUGUCCCGGGGCAGAGUGAAGGUAGCUUUGGUAUGCAUGUAGCUUCCAUGUGUGGGAUAGCCAAGAGUAUCGUCAACAUUGCACAGAUUGCUGCUGAUAACCAAGAACAUACAUCUCUCUUGAUUAAAGAACGUCAAAAGGCAGCUAGUGGUAUGGAUGAAAAGAGCAUGAUUCCACUAGGCCUCCAAAGUGAUUUUGUAAGGCUGACGUACGGUGAUGGCCUUGUCGCAAGUGCCAAAGGUUGCGGCGAAGGUGUAACGUUUUAUGACAAUAGAAUUAAAGCAAAUGCGUUAAAAAGCAUUUUUGCUAUGAUAGAUGGACUUGAAUAG